CAGAACUUCAAAAUUAUCUGAAGUUACGUUGAGCAUUUAUGCUUGAUCUCAUUGGCCCCGAUAUGAGGCUUCCUAAAUGGUGGAGAUCUCGGGACCUCUGUAUCCCUGUGUCUCAGUCCAAACCAUCCAGGAUUCCUGUCUUUGAGGAACUGGAGUUUUCAGUCUGGAAUGUUCUUUCUACAGUCAUUCUUACUCCCUUCUCUCCUUGACAUCCAUGGCACUUCGUAACCUCCUUCACUCCCCUUAACUUUCUCUGCCUCUGAGUCAGACGUUUAUGUUCAGAUAUGUCAGUCCAUCUGGCAUGUUGUCCUGCGAGGUGUAGGUGCUCUUUGAGUGUGGACUUGAAUUUGUUGAAUGUAGUCUUUUCUUUUGGAAUAUAAACCUAUUUUCCCAUUGAAAGAUAAAGACAAUUCUGGCCAGAAUGACUUUAAAUAGACUGUUAUUUAAUAUGUUAAACUAGGCUGAAUUAUACUUUUGCCUCAGAGGAUGAAUAAAUGUUCUGUGCUGUGUCCCUCUACUUUGCUCCAGGGUGUUUUAAUAAAAGAGGAAAAAGCCAACAAAAUCUUUGUACAUGGAGAUCAAAGUCUCCUUCUAGAGAGGAUUCUAACAGCAGUCAGUAAGAAAAGUACGGAACUUGUGUCAUGGCAGUCUCUCAAGUAUUCAGUUAAGCAUUAUGUAGACCAAUUAAAUAAACUCAGGCCCUCUCUGGUUGUAAUAUGGAUGUAAUAUUCUGGGAUACUUUUGAAGCUGCAAACAAAAGCUGUUUUUAGGGGAAGUGGGGUGGUGUUGGUGGAAAAAAAUGGAAAUUAGUUGGGCAAAUGAAAGAAUGCAUCAUACUUAAAUUUUUCCUGAAAGACCUAAACCUUUUAGUUGAAAAACAUGAACACGUGUUACUCAAAUUUGGUAUAUUUUAGAACAUGAAGAUAUGUGUUUGGAAUAUAUUUUAGUUAAAGAAAUGUAAAGGUGGAGGGAAAAAUGGAAUUUUCUUUUGGAGAGAGAAGUCCUUUUUUUAUUUUCAGGGAAAAAAAUAAAUCUUUAUCCCCAAUAGUUUUUGGUUUUUCUGAGAUUUCCCAUCUGUAAUUCUGAGGCAUCUAUUUCAACUAUGAUUAGUUUUAAAGUAACAUGUUAAUACCAUUCAUGAAAGAAAUACCCUACCAUGUGUGAAGUACUACAGAUUUACAAAGAUGAGUCAGAGAGACUCAGCUUUCUAAGGGCAUUCUGUCAAGGAGGAAGCAUAUUAUAAAUAAACAAAAAGUUUUCUGCAUGAGUAUGCUUAUUUGUAGCAUUGGAGUUGAGUAUUGAACCAGGUCCCUGGUGUUAAAGGAAUUUGUUAACCUCUCUUUCAUUAGUUAGAGGUGACUUCCAGAAAUAAGAUGAAGUAUUCUUGUCAAACUGAGACUGGGAGAACUUUCCAUAGACUUUCAGAUUGUCUGACUUGUACAUGCCAAUGCCCUACAGCCAAAGACUUCCAGGAAUACACCUCUAGUUAAACAAAUUGUGUUUAUUGCUUAUCUCAGCAAGGGAGAGCAUACUCCAUGGGUUUGCUCAUUAGGGUGUUAGAACUGAUUAUACGAUUUGGACUUUGGUGAUUGGGGAACAGACUAAGGGAGCAAGGAUUCACUUUAGAUUAGAUGUCAGAAAACAAGGGCAAUUUGUGGUUGGGUAUCUGAAUAAAUCUUACGUAUAGGGAAGAGAGACUAGAACAAGAAUAAAACUAAUUGGUAGAGAAGUGGCAGUCACUUAUUUUGGCCAAGAGAGGAAGGGUGUCUUGUAUUUUGUGGGUGGCAUUGCAGUCAUGUUUUUGUCUGUGCUUACACAAAAUUGUGAAAUGGCCUUUGUCUCAUUUUAUCAAGGUAUUCUAUGAGAUUGUUUAAUAACAUGUUGUAGCUGUGAGUGCCAGGCCAGCUUUUGAAUGUCAGGGGCUGCUCCUUUUAAAAAAUUUCCCAGUUAAUUGCUCUAUGCAAGGCCUGUGAAACUAUUCUGGCUUGGGAUGAAGCGAUCCAUUUGGUUAAUGAAGACGGUUUGUGGAGUACCUACUUUUUGCCUCACAUUAAGCUAGGUGCUGGGUUGUUGGACAGCUCUCUAUCGGCCCCCUGCUUUUCAUAGCGUAUGUGUAAGUAACUUUCAGUGUUGAAUUCCAGUUUGGGGGCAUCAGCCUUGCUCCCUUCCUUUCCUGAGACACAGAGAACCAUCAGGUUUUCACAUCUCUACUCUGUCUUUGGAGCUGCAGAGCAAGUGUCUGAUGAGACACCACCACUAAUGCGAGAAGGAAUGUUACACAGUAAAGACUUCAGCAGCUUUUCCUGUUUGAGAAAAAAAAAAAACUGAAGCAAGUAAAGCAAAAUACUAAUGGAUAAUAGAAUCCUGCCAUCAGCAUCACUGAAAAUGUGCUGCAUUUCAAAGCUCAGGGUCAUGGUGCCAAAGGAGACAAUGUUUAUGAAUUUCACCUGGAGUUCUUAGACCUUGUGAAGCCAGAGCCGGUUUACAAACUGACCCAGAGGCAGGUAAACAUCACAGUACAGAAGAAGAUGAGUCAGUGGUGGGACAGGCUCACCAAGCAGGAGAAGCGCCCACUGUUUUUGGCCCCUGACUUUGAUCGUUGGCUGGACGAGUCUGAUGCUGAAAUGGAGCUCAGAGCCAAGGAAGAAGAACGCCUAAAUAAACUCAGAAUUGAAAGCCAAGGCUCCCCUGAAACUCUUACAAGCUUGAAGAAAGGAUACCUGUUCAUGUAUAAUCUAGUGCAGUUCAUGGGAUUCUCCUGGAUAUUUGUCAAUAUGACUGUGCGGUUCUUUAUCUUGGGAAAAGAGUCCUUCUAUGACACGUUCCACACCGUGGCUGACAUGAUGUAUUUCUGCCAGAUGCUGGCAGUUGUGGAAGCUAUCAAUGCAGCAAUUGGAGUCACUAAGUCACCAGUGAUACCUUCUCUUUUCCAGCUUCUUGGAAGAAACUUCAUUUUGUUUAUUGUCUUUGGCACCAUGGAAGAAAUGCAAAACAAAGCAGUGGUUUUCUUUGUGUUUUAUAUAUGGAGCACAGUUGAAAUUCUCAGGUACCCCUUCUACAUGCUUUCCUGCAUUGACAUGGACUGGAAGGUGCUCACGUGGCUUCGUUACACCAUGUGGAUUCCCCUGUAUCCUCUGGGAUGUUUGGCAGAAGCUGUCUCAGUGAUCCAGUCCAUUCCAAUAUUUAAUGAAACAGGAAGAUUCAGCUUCACAUUGCCAUAUCCAGUGAAAAUCAAAGUUAGAUUUUCCUUUUUUCUUCAGCUUUAUCUUAUAAUAUUAUUUUUAGGAUUAUACAUAAAUUUUCGUCAUCUUUAUAAACAGCGCAGGCGACGCUUUGGGCAAAAAAAGAAAAAGAUCCACUAAAAAGAGAGAUUUAGAUGACUUGCCAGUUUGAGCCUAAUCUAUAAUUCUUACAGUUUUACCUUCUUGUACUGACAUAAAAGUUUUUUUAAAGUUAAAUGAUUACAUUCUCAGUGAGGCUAUCUUCCUUUUUCUCCAGUAACAUUCCUGAAUUUACUGUAUUAUCUUAGUGUAGUAGUUGCAUGACAUGGAUUCCUGAUAACUGAUGACAGGUUCAUUCUUGUAUAUUCUGUUAGCGGCAGCAAAGGACUCAGCCCUACCCCCACCCACUCCAUGUCCAGUCAAUCUGUUUCACACGGGCCAGAGAUAUUUCUUCAGUGCUCUGAUACUACCAGCUACUGGCUAUGCUUAUAGCUGGGAUUUAUUCUUUUCAGCUGUUGCUUGUGAAAAAAAAGCAAGUCUAUGUUGCUGUUUAGGAGGCUGUGAAAGUGAUUCAGAUAAGGACCUAAUAUAUUCUGUACCCAAGGGGCUACUUGUUAAGUGGGUUGGUAUUGAUUUUUUUGAAAAUCAAGUUUGACUCAGUCAUUGAUAAAACAUUUCUGAGUCCAAGUAGGGCUGGAGGACACUUAUUACCUCAAUCUUUGGUCUAAUAUCGUAUCUGCGUGGGCACCAGAGAGGCACAGGGUGAUUUGAGAGAAACCAGUUAGAACCUUGGAACACCAGGAUCACUUACUUCAUUCCUAGCUAAAUCCCAACUAUUAGAAAACAAUGAGAUUUUAAGAGUUCCAAACCCAAAUGGCGCCACAGGGAUCCAAAGGGUGAAACUGGCAGUGCAGCCUGUGGCAAACUGGAAACAUCAGAGUAGGCCACCCUAAAAAUACCUACGAAACUGUCUUAGGCACAAACAUAAAACAUAAAAAAGCUCAGUCUUUCUUCCCUUGCAUUGACUGAGUGCACUUACUUGUGUACCUGUCAGAGUGAGUUGGUGGGAUUGUCUGUUUUUGAAUAGGCAUCAAAAACACUUGCUUUUUAUUUUGCUGUUGUUUCACCUGUCUGCAGUAGGACAGUGCAAACAGAGUGAAAACUUUGGCUGGAGAACCACCAGCUGAGCCUUUAACAACUUCUGGCAAGAAAUCCACCAACAGAGGAACUAAAAAAAAAUCUAGACAUUCUGAUUUGGCCAAUGUCAAAAACAUCAGUUUUCCUUAAUACAUUCCAAGUAAACCAAAUAAAGUAAGUGCUAGAAGUAAUGUUUGUAUGUAAGAAUUUAAGGUGUGAUAGCUCUUUUUGUUCUGCCAUUCCCAUUGUUCCUGGGGGAAAGGGGACUCAGUGGGUUAUGCUGUUUCUCUGAGCCCAAGAUGAAAACUUGGUUUGACCUAAAGACAUCUGAUUUGCAUAGGCUGGCUAAUUUUUUACAGGUUUGUUGCACUGAAGGAUAUUCUGCAUGUCUGCAACUUCUGUCAACAUUUGUUUGUAUUAAUUUCUGGUGUUCUUUCAACUGACUUUCUAUGUGUAACUGAGCAGAUCAGCUUUACAGCAGAUUAUGCUGUAUCUUUGUGGCAGAACCUUGUAUUCUUAGUGAUUGUUAUAAACCUCUUUAUUGCUGUCUGAGAAAGCUAAAGAUGGUGUAUUUCUAUUAAACAUUUACAAUCAAAAUACUA